UACGAAGCCGGUCAACUGCUAGAUUUCCAAGUUAUUUACAAACGUGAAAUUUUAUUAGAGUCUUAGGUUUUAUUAGUUAUUAGCGAUAUAAGUUUAAAAGAAUGUGUUUGAAAUACUAUUUGUAAGAUUGCAAUAAGGUUGGUCUAUGUAGUCAUACGAAAGUUGGUGUUUUAUAUAAGAAAACAUAUAAAACGUCAUGAGUAUACAACAAAGCACAGAAUUAAUUAUUUUUGUGACCCAUGUCGAAGCAAAAGAUUCGCUUCUCAAAAUUUGGGGUCAAGUCGAUAAAAACGCUGCAACAUGUGUAGAACGUAUGAUCUUACCAUUGGUCGAACAAUUUGCUCGAAGUCAAGGUUGCGUUGGUCCAAGUUCAAUCAACUUGCAUAUAAAUGCACUUUGCUGUGCCCGAUUCCAAAAUGACGGAUAUUAUCGAGCUAGAGUUAUUAAUAUACGUACUGAUGGUAUGGUAGUUUUGCAAUUCAUCGAUUAUGGCAACAUUGAAGUGCUACCGCAUCAAGAGAUUCAUUUGCUCGAAAAUAUACCUGGUUCUGAGUCACUGCAGUCAUUUCCACCUGUAGCAUUUGACUUCACAUUAAUGCACGUGCUACCCGUAAAUGGUAUCUGGGAGAACAAGAUAAUUGAUUCAAUUAAGAAAUCCCUUUGGUACAAUGAAUAUAAAGUCUUGAUUCAUACAGUGAUUAAUAAUCAUCGUUUGAUUAAACUAAGGUAUAAUAACGAGGACUUCAGUGAAUUGCUUAUUGAUAGACGUAUGGCAGUAAGAGCUACAUUGCAAGAAAUGUUUAGGUCAAAAUGUGUGCAGCAACCUCAGGUGCCAAUAUAUCAUCAACAAAAUAAACACCUUAUUAACAAUAACUGUACUUCGAUCACACCUGUGCAAAAUCUGAAUUUAUUACAAUGCGAUGGAAACAAUAUGCAUGGAUUUCAACGAAACGUUCCUUUAUAUUGUACACCUCAACAAAAGCAUAUGAUGCAGACACCUGUACAAGAAGCUCUUGUAUUUAAAUCACGUGUUUUGGAUGUACCAUCUGAACAUGAAGUCUAUGUUUCUUUUGUAGAAGACGGUCCGCAUAAGUUUUCUGUACAACUUCAAAGUACAUCUCAAGUAUUAAGUAUGCUCAUGAGAGAUAUUAACAGUCAUCCGAUAGAAUCAUUGCAAGAACCUCCUUUACCGGGAUCAGUAUGUUUAGGUCGUUAUACACAAGAUAAAGUGUUGUGCAGAGCUGUUGUAAUGUCUGUAAUGGAAAAUAAGUGUAAACUUUAUUACGUUGAUUUUGGUCAUACAGAAGUGUUACCAUACACUGACAUUUUUCAAUUACCGCCUCACUUCAUCAAUCCUAAAGUACUUUCUAUUCGAUUCACGCUAAGCGGUGUGAAGGAAUUAAACGUUACAGAUGAAAUGAAAGAAUACUUUAAACAAGUAGUAUCAGGGAAAUUACUUGUUCUGCAUGUACGUCCGCCAGAAGGACCACCGCUGGUUCAAUAUGGAGAUUUAUAUGAUGAUGGAAAAAAUAUAAAGGAUAUUCUUAGACAAGCAUUUCCAACUCCAAUUGCAGUAACAACUAUAACUCCAUCUUUUGGAUACAGGGAACCAAGAAAAUUGUUGAAAGAUGUUGAAGAAAUUGUACAUAUUUCAUAUGUAGAAUCUUGCAGGAAAUUUUUUGUCCAACUGGAUAGUAAUAUUAAGUCCCUUGAAUCAAUAAUGAAUUGCUUAGCAGAUUUCUGUCAAACUGCGCCUACUUUAAGUUUAGCGCAACUAAAGAUUGGUCUUCCUUGUGCUGCUUUAUAUGAUAAUCAAUGGUACCGCGCACGAAUUCUUGGCAUAAAUGGAGAUAAUGUGAAGGUCUUAUAUGUUGAUUAUGGCAAUGAAGAGACUGUGACUUCAAAGUCUUUACGUUUAAUGCAUGACAACUUAAUAAAAAAAUUGGAAGCUCAAGCCAUAAGGUGUAUUUUAAAUGGUUGGGAAGUUCUACCGUGUACUCAAGAAAUUUAUAAUCAAUUUGAAUUAUUGAUCUUGGAGAAAUGUUUGCGUUUGAAAGUAAUGGAUGUAAAUUCGGAUGGCCUAGUAGUAGAAUUGUAUGAACCUGAAAGGAUGGAAAGUAUUAAGUCACAAAUGUUACACAUAAUUGGAGAUGAUAAGAAAUUUACAAGCGAAUCAAAUUCUCAAAAUAUGGAAAAUCAGCAACCCGCAAAAAUGACAUCGAAAAUUAAUCAAAGGUCCUAUAGAAAACUACGAUUGAAUAUGGUUCAUCGUCGGAAAAAUGAAAUAAAUAUAAAACCAAUAUGUGAAAAUACGAAUAAAUGGCAUAAAAAAAGUCAUUUAGAUACAUGGCAUGACACACAGAAUACCAACACCGUUCAAGAAAGGAUCAAAUCCAAAACUUGGAAAGAUGAAUCGAAUGAAGGAAAACUGUAUGAAAAUCGAAGUGAAAAAAGCAAUUUUCAUCGCAUUGGUUCAAGAAAUGAAAGAUUUCAUAGAGACGACUUUUCCAAUAGUAGAAAUAUGAAAGAUACGUGGAAUAGUAAAAACGAUCAUAAUGAUUCGUUCAAGAGUGGAAGAAAUACAGGAGGUGGUAGAAAUAGAUCUUCAGGGCAUGGUCAAAAAAAUUACUCUUCUGAUAAAAGUUGGAGCGACAAAGAUUCGGAUACAUCGUCUAGAGGUAGUAGUAAACGUGGAAGAGGCAAUGCUGCUCGUGGUAGUUAUUCCAAACGUGCAGGAUUUUCUGGAAGAGUGCAAAGUAGCAGAUCAAGUGACAAAGAUAGCGAUGGAAAUGUUAAGGCUGCAAGAAUAAAUAAUGACUCUUAUCAUGGAAAUAACAAAUUCAAAGAAAGAAGGGGACAAGGACAACACAGGCUAUCAGAAAACAAGCCAAACGCUCCAUAUUCUAUUAACGCGGAAGGAGCGCGAAAAUAUAGUCCCAUGCGAAUUAGAAAUGACUUUCAUAUACCGUCUCCUAGCAUUGCUAUUGGAACAACAAAACCCUGUGAAGUAGUUUUUACAAAUAGUCCAUCUGACUUUUUUAUUCAAUUAAGUACUGAUUAUGCUGCAUUAGAUUCUAUAAUGGAAAGUAUUGCGUCGAUAUAUGAAACUGGCGGAGAAUUAAUGAGAGAAUUUAAGAUAUGCAAAGGAGCAUACUGCAUUGCUCAAUAUACAGAAGAUUUGAAAUGGUACAGAGCUGUAAUCAAAUCUGUCGAAGGAAAUAACGUAACUGUACAAUUUGUAGAUUAUGGAAAUACAGAAACAGUUGAGUUUGACAAAAUUAAAUUUAUUCAAAAAGAAUUUUUGAAACUUCCAGUACAAGCUAUACGUUGUAAAUUAUUUGGUAUAAAAGACGUUAGUUUUGAUAAGAGCAAGACAGACAUUUUUGAAAAUAAAGUUAAUGAAAAAACGCUAGAAGCAGAAUUUAUAACCGAAGAAAAUGGUAUAUACAGCGUCUUGUUACGAGAAGUUACCAAUAACUGUCCAACAAGUACUUUUAUAAACGAAGAAUUUUGCGAAAAUGUCAAUUUAGUAAAAGCAAAGGAAGUUGCGCUAUCUUGUAGUAAAACUGCUGUCAAUACAGAAAAAUUAACCGAGCCUGAUUAUGCACCUCUGGAUGCUACUUGGACAACAAUUUCUUUUUCGUCUGGAACUAAAAAAGACGCCAUUAUUACAUGGUUUAUAAAUCCUAAUAAUUUCUAUUGUCAAAUACUUGAUAAUGAAACUGAAUUUAAAGCAAUGAUGAAUGAAAUUCAAAGGAUCUAUGCUGGUAGGGAAUCUGUUUCACAUGCAUUAAAGAUCGGAUCACCUGUAAUAGCAAUAUUCUCUGAAGAUAGUGCUCUUUAUCGUGCAGAAGUUUUAGAAUUAAAUAAAUUGAACGGCCAUCUUAUACAUUACAUAGAUUUUGGAAACGUUGCUGUGGUAAAUUCACAAAAUAUAUAUCCUGUAGAAAAGAAAUUAAUGCAUCUUCCCAAACAAGCUGUGCAGUGUUCCUUGUUAAAUAUUAUUCCGCAAGAUGGUCUUGAUUGGUCUAAAGUAAAUACAAACGCAAUUGAUAGUUGUUUUAAUGCUGAUAAAUAUGAGUGCACUUUCCAUGAUGUGAUUGAUACUAAACACAUAAUUUCCUUAAAUAAUAACGGAAACGAUGUAGCUACUCAAUUGGUCCAAGAAAAUCUUGCCUCAUUUGCCUCGACAAACAAAUCAGAUGGUGAUGCUAAAGGUAGUAAUACUGCAAUAUCAACAAUUUUAUGUGUAAUGGAAAGGGUGGAUAUAAAUCUUUUAAGUGGUCAGACACUUCGAGUGAAAGUUUCAAGCGUAGAAAACGCAUCGAAAUUGUACGUUCAACUUCCUUCUGGCAAUGAAUGUGAAAAUGUAAUUGACGCAUAUAUGGCAGACAAAAAUCCCAAGGUGAUGCAACGAUUAUCAGCCCAUGAGAUAUGCCUGGGCACAGGUUGUUUGGUUUAUUCAAAUGGAGUUUGGAGACGUGCAGUAAUGAAUAACCAUUCACGAUCGGCAGGCUUUCAAGUAAAAUUCAUUGAUACUGGAGCGUAUGAUGAAAUUCUCUCAGAUUGCAUUUUAGCUUUACCAGGAGAACUUUCAGUUAUGCAGAAUCAGGCUGUAGAAUGUUCCCUUGUAGAUGUUACAAUUUCUUCUGAUACGGACGCAGCAUUGAAAGAACAAGUUGAAGGGAAAGAAGUAAUUAUGUAUGUUGAUGAAGUUGACAAUAACAGGCUCAUUGUAAAAUUGUACGAUUUGUUGGGUAAUAAAAUAAAUAUUUCCGAAGAUACAAAUGAAAAAAUAUCACCAAUAUGCCCAAUGCCUAUUUUAAGUUCUACUCAUAAAGUGGUAGUAUCGUAUGCAGAUCAUUCUGCUAACAUAUGGCUGCAACGUCAUACGGAAUAUGAUUUGGACCAAAAUUUAAUCGAAGCACUCGAUCGGUAUUAUUUCGAAUCUGGAAAAUUAGUGGAACCAAAAGUAGACCUUUUGUGUGCUGCUAAAAGCACAGAUGGUCACUGGUAUCGAGCCAAGGUCAUAAAGUGUACAGAAACUGGAAUUUAUGUGAAUUUCAUUGAUUACGGUAAUAACGAAGAAGUUACUUGCGACGUACUAAUGACUUUAGAUCCACAGUUUUACGUACCGCAUCAAUUAGCAAUUAACGUUUCAUUGCCGGUAACGCUUAACGGUACAGCGUCCGAACAAUUAAACAUACUACAAAGUUAUUUGUCGAAUAAGGAACUCACUGCAGUUUUCCAUAAUGUACACAAGAAAUGGGUAGUGGAAUUAUUAUGCGACGGAGAAAAAAUUAGUGACAAAUUUAAUUCGCUUAACUUUGCAUCGCAACAGGAAAUAUCCAAGACAGGAGAACCCGAGGUUCAUAAUAUGGUGAUGAAUAAUAAAUACGAUGUGUAUGUAUCUCACGUGGAUUCACCUAGUCAAUUCUGGCUUCAACGAGUAGAAGAUGCUACGUAUCUUUCUAAGAUACAAGACGAUUUACAAACAGAAGCUCUUACGUUUCCACAAGUUGAUGGGAUAUUAGAAGAAGGAAGUUUAUGCGUUGCUGUGUACACGAUUGAUAAUUUAUGGUACAGAGCGCAGGUACUUGACGCGGACGAAGAUAUUACGACUGUUCGAUUUAUUGACUACGGAAAUACAGAUGUUAUUAACAAUAAAUCCGGACAUAUACGACAGAUUUCCAAUUCCUGGAAAGAAAUAAAGGAAUAUUCGAUCAAAUGUAGAUUAGACGUUAUUCCUGUAGAUACGGAAGAUUGGAAUACCGCAACUUGCGAGAAAUUUGAAAAUUUAGUAACGUCCGUCGACUCGUUGCAAGCAAUGGUUAUUGCGGAGGGUAAUCCAAAACGAGUAGAUUUGUUGAUAAAUGAGAAAAGUGUUAGUGAAACGUUAGUUGACGAUCAUCAUGCUAUAAUGGUACAGACCGAAGACGAUUUAAUAGACGAAAUAGUUGAUAUUGAAUUGGAUCCUCAUUCUGCGUUUGUGAGUCACGUUAACUCUCCGCGAGAAUUUUGGGUACAAGAGGAAAAAUCUGUCGGCGAUCUGGAAGUCAUGACUGAUAGAUUUAUCGUGGCGCAUAUAUUUCCCAAGGUCGAUGAGAUUAAAGAAAAUAUGUUAUGCGUAGCAAAAUAUCCUGACGACGAAUGCUGGUACAGAGCGCGUGUUAUAUCGCACAACGAUAAUGCUACGCGAGUUAUAUACAUCGAUUAUGGGAAUUCGGCUACGUCGACCGAAAUACGCGCUAUACCUCCAGAUUUAGCAGAUGUGCCGCCGUUAUCGAGGAAAUGUUGCUUAGUUAUGCCAAACGGAAUUACGGAAUGGUCCGAACAAGCUUGCGCAGAAUUUAUAAACUUAGCUGCUGACGGAGCAACGAUAUUUUUGUUGGAUGUAUUAAAGGAGGACGACACGUCGACGGUGAAAUUAACGUUGGACGGUGAAAACGUAACGGAUUUACUUGCAAAGUUUUGUGAACAUUAUCCACCGAUCAUAGAAGAGCGACUGCCACCGUUGGGCGAAGAAAAUUCACCAAAUGUAUAUAUUAGUCGUAUCAAUUCACCGGACGAGUUUUGGAUUCAAACCGAAAGCUGCACUACAGAUUUAAAUAUAAUGCUUGAUAGAUUGAAAGCAGCUUCUAGCUUUCAUCCGUUAAAUACAAUCGAAAUUGGCGCCAUUCACGCUGCAAAAUAUCUCGAAGACGGAUUAUGGUACAGGGCUAAAAUUCUUUCGCAUUCUGAAAAUUCUACCGAAGUUUUUUACAUAGAUUAUGGUAAUACCGCAAUUACAAACGAACUACGUAUGUUACCCGUAGAUAUUAUAAAUAUACCUCCUUUGGCUAAACGUUGCGCUCUACAAAAACCAGAUAAUUUAAAUUCUUGGCCAUCGGACGCGUGUAAGAUAUUCGAAGAACUUUCUGCAGACGGUAAAACAGAGUUUCAGUUUGAAAUCAUUAACGACGCUGUUGAUCCAAUUUCCGUUAAACUGAGUCUUGAUAAAAAAAAUAUCGUUGAUAUUCUAGUGCCACUUUCUGAAAGCGUAUUUAAUGAUGCAAUAGUAGAAGAGACAGUAGAUUUACAUGAAAAUGAAAAUAAUGACAAUUUAGACGAAAAUAUAAUGAAUAGAACAGAAAAGAGUCAAAUCAAUCACAGUGUUGAACAAGACAUGAAUAGUUCUAUUGCAAAAUCAGGAGAAAUAUUAGAAAUUUACGAAGAAGAAAAUAGGGAUGUAAGUAAGCCUCGGGAAGACCUUGAAGACAAAACCGAAACGACUACAGAGAAUGACGAUAACGUACGUCCAUGCACUGACAACUCCGUUUUAGAACUUACUGUAGAUGAAAUAGUUCAGAAUAUGGAAAGAAACUUGAUGGGUGAACCAGAUGUGGAAGAAGAAACAGCUGUAAGUAAUAGUAAUGUACAAUCAUUUGAGGAUAACAACGUUGAAAAAGUAACAACUAAUUUGACAAAUUUGGAAAUACACGAUGGACCGCAGUCAUGCAGCAAUACAACUGAAAUUCAAAAAAUAGAUUUAAGGAUGGAUAAAGAUGACCUGCAUCAAAAUCAAGACUAUUUGGAAACAAACUGUACGCACCAAGAAUCUCCGUCAACUAUAAAAGACCUAACACCGGAUGCAAUAAAAAUGUAUAUAGAUAAUGGAAUGGACAAAGAUGAAGAUCAUUUUGAAGUAAAGAGUACACACGAAGAAGAAUCUUUCUCAACGAUAAAAGAUGCAACCUUGAAAAUACAAGAUGACGAAGAUCAUUUGCUUCAGAUGGAAGUUACAGACGAAGCAGAAAGCAUACAUGCAGAUGGAAUUCCACCACAGAUAGAAGAAAAUAUUAUGCAGAAUGUAAUAGAAAUGCAAACAAAUACUGGUAUGGACAAAGAUGAAGAGCAUGUACAUCAACACGAGGAUCAUUCUGAAAUAAAAAGUAUGCACAAAGAAGAAUCUUUUUCAAAAGUAAAGGAAGAUGCAACUUUGGAUUCAAUAGAAAUGCAAAUGAGUACUGCUGGUAUGGUUGAAGAUGAAAAUCAUUUAAACAAAAAUGAAGAUUUUUCUAUAACAAAAAGUACAUACAAAGAAGAAACUCUGUCAAACGUAAAAGAAGAUACAACAUCGAUUGCAGUAGACUUACAAGAUUCAAUUCCAUUAGAAGCAAAGAAUGGUGAUAAAAAUAAUAUGAUAAAGUCAGUAACACAAACAUGUGAAUUGAAUACGAGUAUUCAUUCUUAUGAAAAUGAUAACGAAGUACAUACGCCAGAUUUAGAUAAAUCCACCGACGAGAAGUGUAUCAAAGGACAGUUAGACGAAAAUGCAACAAGCAGUACAACACAGUCAAAUAUUUUAAUGGAAGAGUCUGUCUCUGGAAACACCGAUGAAAAGACAGAAAAUGAAACUGAAAACUAAAUGAAAAUGAAAAUAAACUAAAAAUUAGCAUAGCAGAUUUUAUGGAUGAUAUGAGAUGAAAAGUAUUGGACAAAAGCAGAUACUCAGAUUUAAAAUCUAUUGAAACAGAAAGCCUCGAGGGUAAGAUUAGUAAUAAGCAAAAUGCGUGUAAGGAUCGUUUGCAGCCUGAGUGUCCUUAGAACUCCUGAAUGAUUAUCUGCAGAGACUGACUUUAUAAUUGACAUGAAUUUUAAAUAGUUUCAAAACUUUAAAUAUCGGAAUAAAUAUCAUUUAAUUUUUCAAUGAAAUUUAUAUUUAAUUUAUAGAGUUUGACAUUAUAUAUUUUGCUUUCAAAAGGUAUAACAAGAUAUUAAUGUUCGAAAACUAAUAUUACUAUGCUCUCUUCAGAGAAGAAAAU